GUCUGGGUUGGUAUGGUUAGUGCUGUUGUUCAUAUGGUAAACUAGGCCAUGUACCCAUAUUUCGGUGCACAGUUUAUUUAUAUGUAUGUCACAAUUUUUGUCAGACUUAAUGAUGCUUUCUUGAUUAAUCAAAAACUAUUCUAAAUAUUUGAUAGUAUGACGUUGAUCGCAUACGGGGGAAAACACUGACAGUUCCUGAGUAGUAAGUGUUGCUUUAUGGACACUAGAAAGGGUCGACGCUUUAGUUUGGCUUCACAGAAAUGUCAUAUUUGGAGUGUGCCGAGUCUCAGCUUGCAGAGAUAGAGCUUCUAACCAGCAUGUUUCCCACUGUGGAGGAACUGGAGUUCACUGACCAGCUGGCACUUGCUGAGCUCAGGGACUACGUAGAUGGCUCUACCUCAGCAGACAACUCUCCUUCUUCCAGACCACAGUUCCUCAUCAAACAGAAGCUUGACCCUAUAAGCAUAGAGGAGACGGAGGUCAUCCUGUCCUGUGCCUAUCCAUCUGAUUAUCCUAAUGUGCUACCAGAAAUAACAGUACGAUGUUCUGGUCUUAGUAGAGCUCAGCAGACGCAGCUACAGGCACAUCUCAAUAAAUACCUCAUGGAAAACUGCCAAGGGGAAGUAUGCGUUCUCGCUGCUGUGGACUGGGUAAAAGACAACCUGCAGUCUUUCAUUAAUGAGAGCUUAUUAGCAGCACCUGCUCCCAAGAAAGAGUCGUCUUCUUCACAGUCACAGGAAGUGUUCAGCCGACUGUGGAUCUACAGCCACCACAUCUACAACAAGUCAAAGAGGAAGAAUAUCUUAGAGUGGUCCAAGGAGUUGGGCCUAUCAGGGUUCAGCAUGCCUGGGAAGCCUGGUGUUGUCUGUGUGGAAGGUCCUCAGUCUGCCUGCGAGGAGUUUUGGUCCAGAGUGAAGGUUUUGACAUGGAAAAAGAUCAUGAUCCGGCAUAGAGAAGAUAUUACCAUUGAACGUCAACGUGAGGACAGCAAGAGUGUUGAGGGUAUAGAUUCCCUGCGCAAAUUCACAGGCUUUGAGGAGGCAUUGUUUGACCCCCAUGGGAACAGAGGGAAUCACAUGGACCUUGGGCAGCUCUACCAGUUCUUAAAUGAGAAAGGCUGUUGUGAUGUGUUUCAGAUUUAUUUUGGCAUUGAAGGAAGGUAGCAGUCAGAUGUCACAACAAAUGUCACUUUUCCUGAAAACAAUGACUUGGUGUCACAUGCAAGCACUCAGAUGGAUGAAGACAUGUUUACCUGAUGAAGUGAAAUGAGUUCAAAACCCUUCGUUGAAUGAUGCUCAAUUUACUAUUCUAUGACUUCACUGCUUUAAUUACCAGUAUUUUUUUUUUAUCAAAUUGAGAAACUGUUUGUCAACUAAUAGAUGUAUUUUCAUAAAAAGCAUUUACAUGUUAACUGAGUUUCUCUCAAGGACAUUAUUCUAUUUUAUUUUAAAUAUUGCAUGUGUUGAAGAUCACACCUUGUCCUCAGAUGUUUAUUAACACCAGGCUGAUAGGAUUUUAAAGUCCCACAUUGUUAUAAUAAUUGGACAUGAUCAUUUUUUCUUUUUAAUCUAUUGAUUGUGUUUCUCCGAAUUAUAGAUAAGGGAACCUUGGAAUGCCUCUUGUAUUUUUUUAUGUUGAUAAUAGAUAGAUGAUAGCUAGUUUGGCUAACUCCAUAUCACUGUAAUUUACACUUGGACAGUUACAAUUAUUUUUCUUUUUUCUUUUCAAUGAACAUGAAUCUAAAAUUUUAGCACCCAAAGACUGAUACUGAAAUUUAGGUUAUAAAAGUUGAAACAAUUUGAUGUUGAUUUUAUUCUUUAGGGCCACGUUAAAUUAACUGCAUUCAUGAAUAUGUUUGAGGUGAUUUUCUAAGUGCGAUAAUACUAUAAUACAGUUGUAUCUAUAUGGUAUAUUUUAAUGUUUAUGAAAAUGUAUAAUUUCUUAAAAGUUUGUAAGAUGUGGAAAUCCUGCAGAAAAUGUUCUCCUUGAAUGAGUCUGAACCCUGACUCAGCAUCUCAGUUUACUGUUACUAAAUAUACUAAAAAUCUAUUCUUUUUAGCACUUCCUUCUUAAAAUGACUAAUACUAGAGCUAUCCCAGAAGGUCUGGUGAAGUUAAAUGCAGUUCAACAGAGUUUGAUUAAAACAAAUUACAAGGAUGUUUACACUGAACGCAGCAAACUGAAUCAGCCUGCAAACUGAAUCAGCCUGCAAAAUGAAUCAGCCUGCAAACUAUCUCGAGCUUUAGUGGCCAGCAGAUGGCAGCAUUGGAUCUUUUAAAUCUGCAAACAUGGCGAUGUGUGUUUAUUUACUGGUGAGAGUAAUGAUUUGGUUAGAUAUAAUUUCAGUUAGGAGGGAGAAAUAUCAAAGUUAUGAUUAUAAAAACAUCAGCUUUAUAUUUCUUUACAUGUGUACAUAGACUAUUUCAUUUUUAAAAUGUGUUGGGAAUUAUCUGUUUCCUCGGUUCACAGCAGUUAUUAAAGCUUAUUUUAAUCUGU